CGGGGGCUGCGAGUUGCGUUUGGUAAAACCCAGCCCUGGAAUAUAUAGAUCACUGGAGCGCAAUGAAGUAGCUUUUGGCGAGGGAGGGAGGGAGGGGGGCCUGGACAGUCACAGAGGCCAGGGCACGGCGGCGGCGGCACCUUCCUUCUCGCAUCCCGGUCGCCCGGCCCGCGAGGAGGCAGCGGCGGCCGCAGGCGCCAGCAGAGGAGGCGGUGGAGCAUCGAGCAGAGGCGAGGCGGACCGGCAGGAGCGCGCGGCCGGGGCCACGCAUCCCCACACUUGCACACCAACUCCCGCGCCUUGCACCCCCGAGACCGGAAUCGGGGGCUCGGAGAGCCUCGGUGAAGCUAGCGGGAGCCAGCUCCGGAGCCCAGCCAGCUCCGUUCUGAACCUCCCGGGCGCUGGUCCCCCCGCGGCGGGGUCCCCGCUUCUGCGCUCCGGACGCGCCUCCCGGACAGCCGGGUCCCCGCGGCCAGGACAAAGCCAUGAAGCCGGCGCUGCUGGAAGUGAUGAGGAUGAACAGAAUUUGCCGGAUGGUGCUGGCCACUUGCUUGGGAUCCUUUAUCUUGGUCAUCUUCUAUUUCCAAAGUAUGUUGCACCCAGUCAUGCGGAGGAAUCCCUUUGGCGUGGACAUCUGCUGCCGGAAGGGGUCUCGGAGUCCGCUGCAGGAGCUCUACAAUCCCAUCCAGCUGGAGCUCUCCAACACUGCCAUCCUGCACCAGAUGAGACGGGACCAGGUGACAGACACCUGCCGGGCCAACAGCGCCAUGAGCCGCAAGCGCAGGGUGCUGACCCCCAACGACCUGAAGCACCUGGUGGUGGAUGAGGACCACGAACUCAUCUACUGCUAUGUACCCAAGGUGGCGUGCACCAACUGGAAGAGGCUCAUGAUGGUCCUGAGCGGCCGGGGCAAAUACAGCGACCCCAUGGAGAUCCCAGCCAACGAGGCCCACGUGUCAGCCAACCUGAAGACCCUUAACCAGUACAGCAUCCCAGAGAUCAACCACCGCUUGAAAAGCUACAUGAAGUUCCUGUUCGUGCGGGAGCCCUUCGAGAGGCUGGUGUCUGCCUACCGCAACAAGUUCACGCAGAAGUACAACACCUCCUUCCACAAGCGCUACGGCACGAAGAUCAUCCGGCGCCAGCGGAAGAACGCCACGCAGGAGGCCCUGCGCAAGGGGGACGAUGUCAAGUUCGAGGAGUUCGUAGCCUACCUCAUCGACCCCCACACCCAGCGCGAGGAGCCCUUCAACGAGCACUGGCAGACGGUCUACUCCCUCUGCCACCCGUGCCACAUCCACUACGACCUCGUGGGCAAGUACGAGACGCUGGAGGAGGACUCCAAUUACGUACUGCGGCUGGCCGGGGUGAGCGGCUACCUGAAGUUCCCCACCUAUGCAAAGUCCACCCGAACUACCGACGAGAUGACCACGGAGUUCUUCCAGAACAUCAGCGCCGAGCACCAGACACAGCUGUACGAAGUCUACAAACUGGACUUUUUAAUGUUCAACUACUCAGUGCCAAACUACCUGAAGUUGGAUUAGAGGGCUGCGGGGGGGCGGGGCGGGGCGGUUGGGGAGAGGGAGAGAAUCCUGCUUUUUAAUUUAAGAUUUUUAUUUGUCAAAAGAAUUCUAUGGAUACCGGGUUAUUUUGUAAGUUAAUAUGCCUUUCGGGGGAGAUGCUGCGAGCGGCAUGGUAAGAAUUAUUUAAAAAGAAAAUCCUCCGUGGGGAAGGACAGCUGUCUUUGCAGGGGAGUGGCGUGGAUUGGCCCUGUUUUUAGAAGCGGACCCGGCAACACUGUCCGCAAGAUGUCCUUGUGUUCUGGUGAAUUCCACAAACUGUGCGUCCCAUAAAGUCUAAUGAGUCUUAUUUAUGGUUAUUUAAACGUGGUCUCUGUAUAGGCUUCUCACUGUGUCAGCAGCCUGCCCCUGUCUUUCUGGAGGAGAGGACGGUCUGUGCCUUGCUGGCUAUGUCUGGUUUGGGGGGCGUGGUUACCUCCCCACUGUCCCGUGCGUGCGGAAUCCCACGGUGACAGCUGAUGGAUUACCACCGUUCAAGAAACACUGCUAGAAAUAAGUACAUUGUCCUUGAAGUAAGAAACAGGGAUGAGACUGGUUCAAACCGACUGCUAGCAACCCCAAAGUCCCUUGCGGUAAAGAGAUGCAAAUUUUUUUUAACCCAAGAAGAGAGCGGAUGAUAGCAAUUUCUCUUCACCAAAAUUAGCAGGCUCUAAGAAUAGUCUUUUUUGUGAAAAUCUUUAACUGGCACUUUCCAGUUCUAGCGAAGGCAGAAUAAUGGUUACUUUAUAGUCAUUAAGUAUUUAUUGAGCAUAUACUAUUUCCCAGGCUUGACUGCAGGUAGAACGUUAAGUUGAAACCAGGAGCCUUGGCCUUCGACAAGCUUUAUGUGAACACAGGGCAUCCACCUCAACAGUGAACCAACCCCCAGCCUUAUGGUCUUCACACAGGCUUUGGACUAUUCUCAAGUGGUCCAGAGAGUCCAUGACCCCAGCAAAUUUACAUUUUUUCCACAGCUCAAAUUUGAAAGCCACACAUUUGGAUCGGGCCACUUAACUAGCUUAGUAGUUCACUGCCCAACACAAGAAAUGGCAGAAACCUUUUUCAUCAUGUAUAUCUAUUGCAGUUUCUUGGAAGUAGAUGCCUAUAAGUCACAGUAUUCUCCAGGCACAAAGAUGGAGGACCACAGUGAUCGAUUAGUGAUGUCUGCCUUGGCUAAGGGAAGGGGAGAACAUUUCUCAAGUGCCUCCUACUGUGAUCUCCAGUCCACAUCUUGUCCUGCCUGCCACUUAAAAGAGUGUGCUCCAUAUGUCUGGAGACCGGCAAAGUUCAGGUGUGAACGUCAAAGGUGGAGUGUUGGUACCCACAGGCACAUGCAGACCUUCCCGUGUCCUGUGUUGGCAGAGUGUCUUAGGACCUCCCUUUCCUCCAGAAGGCUGGAAACUUGCUGUUUCCCGUUCCUUGCUGAUCAACACCCAAACCUAUUCCUCAUUUCUAGUUGUUUCUGAUGCUUCUCGGUUGACAUUUGAGCCGCAUUCCCAUUACAGCCAGUGUCUGGGUACGUAGCAGGUGCUGUACAUAAUAGUUCUAAUGAUGGGGAGGGAGUAGGGUGUAAAUUUUGCUUUUUUGUGUUUUUUGUGGGUUUUUGUUUGUUUUGAUGCAGUACAGAGUGAAGGGGUAAGAAUAUGCUGAAAAACAUAAAACUGAAUAAUUUAUUCACAGAAACUA